AAGUAUGAAUCAACCUCGUAAAGCACAGAGGCUAGGGGGUGAUUUAAAUUAAGCUAAGUUAUGCAAAUCACAAAAUUUACGAUAAAAAUAAAUAAUCGAUUGGGACCUCAGAAAUUGUUGGUGCUCUCUCUCACUCUCACUCUCAAUUAAAACCCAUGAUUUAGGCUCCAAGCAAUGAUGAAAGUUGUACCAUACCCUCAGCUGGGUGCGUGGGUCUUCAAACAAUUAAGUUGUAUCACCACUAAACCAUGCCGCUGUCCGAAGUCAGAUUAUAUUCUAGGGGCUGUUGGUGGGCCCAGGGUGCUUGCCUCAAAGUUUGUCCUUUGUUUUUUUCUUUUCAAAAUUUUAUUCUGAGCUACAGUAAAAGUUACGAGUGAAAGAAAGUGAAAAGAGAUCAGCUUUAGACAGAAGUUACUUUAGACCUCGAUGCGGGACACAUUUGCAGAAUUUCUCUCAUCGAUCUAAAUAAGAAACCGAGGACGAAGCUAAUCAAUGGAAGCAUCAUUUACUUUCUUAAACCUUAGGGUUUGAUCCUAGGGUUACGAUCCAGAACCAGAAGGCAAUGUGAUGUGCCGCUGGGUGCAAAAGGGCCCCUCAGAAUAAUUUUGCUUUAUUAAAUUAAGCUUUGAUAAUGGUGGUGUCAAAAGGAACCUUAGCCUGGUAAUCAUGAACAGGCCGCUGAAAAAAUGGGGUCUUUACCCAUAAAUGCAUAAAGCACACACAAAUGAAGUGAGUGUGAGGAGGAAAAGAAAAGGCAACAAUUUUGUGAUGGGGACAAAAUUUAAAAUUAAAUAUAAAUAAAUAAAUAAAAACCAUGCAACUCACUUUUGCAACCUUGUUAAAUAGGCACUGUAUUGUACCCUUCCUCUUCAAUCUUCAUCUCCUCAUUCCUCCUUUCCACUAUUGGGCUUCAAAAAAAUGAGCUCUUGCGGUUUGAAGUGCCCAACAACACAGGGGAUGCAUGGGGGGCUAGAGGACAUAGACGAAAAUGGUGGCAUGAGUUGGGCAGGCGAGGCUUGUGCCCCACCACCGGAAACUCCAACGGAGUCCAUGGAGUUUCUGGCCAGAUCAUGGAGCCUCUCUGCCAUGGAGCUCUCCAAAGCUCUUUCCCACACUCAUGUUAAUGUUGCUUCUAAAAAUCUUGACAACAACAAGUCUGCCUUCACUUCUUCUGAUGGUGUUGGUUCACAUGAUACAGUUUUCAUGCGUUUAGGAGAGCCUCCAAGUGGGGGUAGCCCUCCAAUUUCACCCAGAGACAGUGAAGAAAUGAAGGAGUUAUUUUUACUGCAUCAAGCACUCCACCCAGAUUUCCUUUCCACUCAACAGCAAUUGCUCAAUAAUGGGCUAUACAAGAGCAUUUUGCGAGGGAAAACAAUGGGAAGGUGGUUGAAAGAUCAAAAGGAGAGGAAGAAGCAGGAACUCAGAACCCAAAAUGCUCAGUUGCAUGCAGCUGUUUCUGUGGCUGGGGUUGCUGCUGCUGUAGCAGCAGUUGCAGCUUCAACUGCAUUGCCUGAAACUUCAGCGGCCCACCAGAAAGCGCCACUAAUAUCGGAGCUGAGGACCGAAACAUCAGCUGCACUAGCAUCUGCGGCUGCUCUUGUAGCGUCGCGUUGCAUUGAGAUUGCGGAGGAAAUGGGAGCUGAUCAUGACCACAUUCUAUCAGUUGUCAACUCUGCAGUAAAUGCAAGGACGAAUGGAGAUAUCAUGACCUUAACUGCUGGAGCAGCUACAGCUUUGCGGGGAGCUGCUACACUUAAGGUAAGGCUGCAAAAGGAGUACGGAGGCACGAACUUGGUUCUGGCUGACGAAAAACUUGAAGGAAAAGAAUCAAAUUCAGCACUGAACUUUGUCACUAGAGGAGGUGAACUCCUCAAACGUACAAGGAAAGGUGAUCUCCACUGGAAGCGAGUUUCUUUCAACAUUAAUUCAAAUGGGCAGGUUGUAGCCAAAAUGAAAAGCAAGCACAUGGCGGGAACAUUUACGAAAAAGAAGAAAUGUGUAGUCUCUGGAGUCUACUGUGACAUCCCAGCCUGGCCGGGAAGGGAGAGGGAAGAUGGAAGCAAACCAAGGGCAUACUUUGGGAUAAAAACAGCUGAAAGGACAAUAGAAUUUGAAUGCAAGAGUAAAGGUGACAAACAUUUGUGGACUGAGGGGAUCCACCAUAUGUUGAAUUUUAUGCCAACAUAACACAAUUCCAAGGAAGGUUAAAAUUUGGAUUGAUGUAAAAUUGAAUUGUUAGAUUUUUCAUAGCAAUCAAUGUGCAGUAACCAUCUCAAAAUCUUAGCUCUACAUAUCGUUGGGCAAGGAUGGCACUUAUAACAGAUGUUACAGUCUUGUACAGAGUGCUAUAUCUACAAGUUUGUUUUGGGUAUGUUCUCUCAGGGACUGCUUCAGGAUAAAUAAAAUUGGCAGGUUAGAAUAUUC